ACCUUCAGCAACACUGUCCUGAGGAGUUGGCAGCAUCAGCAUUGAGGCCAAACCUUCCACCAGCAAAAAGAUUGUGACUUGCCAAAGGGCUCAGAGUUCUUAUAAUUUCAUGUGUUUUUGCUGAACUUGUAAAGGAGGCACUUGGAUAAUGGAUUAACAAGAAACAUUGCAAUUCUGUGAAAAGUUUCAAGCUGAAGAAUACAGAAUUUUCACCCUAGUACAGCAGCGCUGCUGCUCACUUAAAUACAGAUGAAUGAAGACCCCAUUCGGGAAGACCCCUGGCCAGCGGUCCAGAGCUGAUGCAGGCCAUGCUGGUGUGUCUGCAAGCAUGAUGAAGAAAAGGACAUCCCACAAAAAACAUCGGAGCAGUGUGGGGCCAAGCAAACCUGUUUCCCAGCCCCGGCGGAACAUCGUAGGCUGCAGGAUUCAGCAUGGGUGGAAAGAGGGGAAUGGCCCUGUUACACAGUGGAAAGGAACCGUUCUGGACCAGGUGCCUGUAAAUCCUUCUUUGUAUCUUAUAAAAUACGAUGGAUUUGACUGUGUUUAUGGACUAGAACUUAAUAAAGAUGAAAGAGUUUCUGCGCUUGAAGUCCUCCCUGAUAGAGUUGCAACAUCUCGAAUCAGCGAUGCACACCUAGCAGACACGAUGAUUGGUAAGGCUGUGGAGCACAUGUUUGAGACGGAGGAUGGUUCUAAAGACGAGUGGAGGGGAAUGGUGUUAGCACGUGCACCGAUAAUGAACACGUGGUUUUACAUUACCUAUGAGAAAGAUCCUGUCUUGUACAUGUACCAGCUCUUAGAUGAUUAUAAAGAAGGCGACCUUCGCAUUAUGCCUGAUUCCAAUGAUUCACCUCCAGCAGAAAGGGAACCAGGAGAAGUUGUGGACAGCCUGGUAGGCAAACAAGUGGAAUAUGCCAAAGAAGACGGCUCUAAAAGGACUGGCAUGGUCAUCCAUCAAGUGGAAGCCAAACCGUCUGUCUACUUCAUCAAGUUUGAUGAUGAUUUCCAUAUCUAUGUCUACGAUUUGGUGAAAACAUCCUAGAUGUCAUCACGAACUUUGCCAAAUUUGUGGAACUAUUAAAUGUAUAAUUUGUAGACAUAAAGACUUGAUUGCUUUCCAGUUUAAUGAAAGCUUAAAUGUCCCUGCGAACCCACAAUCUCUGCAGCAGAACUGGUUUGGUUCUGACUAGUACAGAUUUAUGUGAACACAGAGCAUUUUGUGUAAGGAACUCCUUCCUCUUAAAAGAAGUCUGUUUGGAGGGGAGUUACAGGCAAGUUUGGUAAAAGUUCAGCUAGUAUCUAUCAUACAUUUAAAUCUAAUAGAUCUUGUCCAUCUUCCCCUUCACUUUAACACUCUUACUCUGCUGCCACAAUGCAAGCAUAGUUUGGUAUUUUUGUUACUGCCUUUUUUGAGAUAUAUAUGUAUCUAUAUCUACCUAUCUUAUCUAUAGGUCUGUGUGUAUACAUAUGUAAUAUAUCUAUACACACACAGAUCUGUGUGUACACACACACAAGCACACACCAUUGGCAGUCCUUUCUUUGUGGAUUGGAACAGGGGUUAAAUAAUUAUCUCCAGUUUAACAGGAGUGCUUUACCCAAGUUAGUCAUAUUUGCUAUUACUACUGCUGUUUAUUAAAAAAUUAAGUUUGGGCACAUAGUGACGGUCAGCUUGUUUUGAAAGUCAAGUUCAGAGCACCUUUUCAACCUGGAGACUUUAAACCAUAGGUCCAAAUAUGAAUCACUUGUGAACAGUUAAUAACCCACAUCAAAAUUUUACAGAAACAGCUGGAAAUCUGGAUAAAAGGCUGCCUUUAGUUUUACACUUUGUAAAUUUUUUUUGUUUACUUUUUUUUUUUUAUCAUCUUUUUUUUUUUUUUUUUUGCAAAGCCCAGGUACUUGGUCCACACAGUGUAAUGCAGGUGUAUUUUGGACGGCACAUUGGUCCAUUAUUUGUACAAAUCGGCCAUCUGGAUUUUAGUACAUGGAUUUCAAAGGCAACUGUACAUCAGUGGUUUGUGUGCAUGUGGUAAGUUCCUGGAAGAACAUUAUUCUUUUAUGUUAGGUAUGUAAUUUCAAGAAUGGCAUUGUUGCCUUCUAACGCGUUUUCUGGGAUACUUUUGUUUUCAUCAUCAUCGACAUGAUUAUGGUCAGAAGAACCUCCCCUAUUAUCUCCCAUGCCUCACUCCGCCCUCCACCCUCCCAACUCCCACCUCAGACUUUGUCCACAAAGAAUAUCUGGACAAAUAACAGCUGAAAUCGCUCAACACCUUUUGCGGUGCUGUCUGUUCUUCUGGUUUGCUAUUGACAUGAAUCAUUGCAUCAGUGGACACUACCGCCAGGGUCUGUUACCCCAGCUAGUUUGUGGGUAUAACAUACAGCAGCCCUUAGCCACAGAAUCCUGUCCUGGCUUAUCCCUGCCCACAAGGUGGUUUUAACUGAAACACAACUGCAAACAUGGUUGGUUUAGCAAUUAAAUGACCUUUGAACACUGUUUUGGAUGCGCCCUGGCAGUUUGAGGCUAGGGCAAAAGCAAUAUGUGGAACUCGUCUCUUGUGGAGAUAGCAAUCUUUCCCCAGAUUUGGGCAGAAGACUGUCAGAAACUCCAAAGUUUGGGUCAGAGGUCUGUGCGACCUGGCAUGGCUAACCCACUGUUACAGCUGUGUUUUCAAGACCUUGCCUCCCUGUGGUUGACUGGCUACCUAUUUUGCCUUCAAGAAGGUGUGUACCUUGUAUGGUUGGAAGGUGACCUCUAAUACACACCCUCUGUUCUCUGUAUUGCGCAGGCAGACAAGUUGCUCUGUACGAUGGUAUCCAGUUCUAGGCACCUUCACCCCACACCCACAGGUGCUGCACCUGUUGUCCUAGUGGCUCAUGUAGGAAUCCCUCCCUGCAUGUGAAUCUCAAGGCCGAGCCCACACUAUUGCCCCAGUGAACACGUGCCCUGAGCGUGAGUGUGUCCAGUGUGAGCGCACAGACACUGCACAGUGACGUCGGGCCAAAAAUCAAAGUCCUUUGGAAUCAUCCUGAGGGUUGGGUCAGCUGAUAAAUUUCCAGCAUUACUUAGCAACUUACAUUGUGGUCUUUUUGCAAGUAAAUUUAGCAACUUUAAUACCACACAAUAUGCCACUCUCUGAAUGUGACGUGAUUAUUAUUAUUUCAUUAUUUUAACCAUUGUUCCAUUUAUUGCCUUCAGGGCUGAAGGAAGGGGAAGGGUUUUUUUGGGGGAGGUUGUUCUUCCUUUUUUUUUUUUGCCUUUUUUUUUUUUUCGGUGACUUAAACCACAUUUAGUGGCACUUGUGACUUUUCUGCUCCCUAGCCAAGUAUUUCAGACUUCGUUUUAGGCUCAUAUUUCAGAUCUGCAUGCACUGCUUGCCUCUUCCUGGUAUCUGAAUGUUGGGUCCUUGUUCUAGGAAUCCAACAUUAAUUUCCAAAAUUAUCAUGGGACUUGUGACAACACAAGACAUGACUCUGUAUAAAAUGUAUCGGCCUUCCUCAUUGACCUGCUAUAGUAUUAUCGUGUCGUGUGUGUGUAUGUGUGUGUAUGUGUGUGUGUGUGUGUGUGUGUGUGUGUGACGUCUGGCUGCCACGGGAAGCUUCAAAGGAAAACCUUAAAAGCAGACCAUCCUUUUUUGCAUGCUAUAUUCUAAGUAGAAUGUUCAAUGUAACUAAUUAAAACUGCAUGUGAAAGGUAUUUAGGUUUUUUGUUUUCUAUCUUUGUUUUUAUUUGUUUUCAGUUUUCUGUAUAUUUGCUUACUGUGCUGUUUUAGUGGUUGUAGGAUAAAAAAAUGCACUGGUGAAGCAAAUGUAGUGCUGGCAGAAGGUGAUUUCCAGUUGUGUAUGUCUCGCAGCAUUCGAAGGGACUGUGCAUUCUUAAACAAUCACAGUUCUGAACCAGAUUUCAUUUCUAUUGUCCUUUUUUGUGCCAAACCCCAAAGUGCAUUGGGCUUGAAUCUCUGAACGCUGCGGACCCAUUAGAAGACUGUUUUGAUUGUCACAAAUUGUAGUGCCUGAAACAUUCUUAAGCUGAUUGUCUUAAAAAAAACAAACAAAAAAGAAAGUUCUCCAAAGACAAAACAGGAACAAUUCUUAUAACAGAAAACAAUUUUGGUCAAAAUGUCUGUGGUUCCUUGGAAAUGCUGCGCUCUUUGUAUUUUCCAUCUUUAGUGCAGUUUGAAUGAAUGUGUAGACUUCAGAGGUCUUCGUGUUCGCAUUUAAAAUUAGGUAAAUGACCUCAUCUUUCAAGCUUGAAUUCAUUUUUGAUUUUAAUUUUAUUUUAUACAAUGUGUAGACAGUUCCCUGUUCUCUGCAUUUAGAAGUAUAAACAAUAUAAAUCUGUUAAUUCUGUAAGUAAUUUUUAUAAUUAUGAUGUAACUCUAUCCUAUCCUUAAAACAUUUAAAAUAAACCCUUUAUGUGCAACUUUUGACUGUAAA